AUGGCCUGGAGGCGACUGACGACUGAAUGGCUACACCCGAGUCUCGUCGCAAGGCUGCGGGCGUUGACCUCCGGAUCCUCUUUGACAACGUCGAGAAUGGCGGAGUUCUCGACAGUGUGGGGGCGUCCCGACCGAGGCUUGUCUUCGAAGUCGGUGUCUCCGCUUGCGAAGCGAGCGAGCCGAGCGCUUGACAGUCCUGAUGGUAGUGGUGUCAUCGCACAAUCUGCUGUUGAUGUUGCGGGCUGCUGCCAUUGCUCCAAUGCCGCCACGCCAUUCAUGGAAGAUGUUAGCUCGAAGUUGCUCCUGCGUAAUUGA